UGAGGGGGCCGAUCGGGAGCCGCUCCCGGGGUCCGGGCUGGGAAAGCAGGGGGCGUGGGGCCCGCUCGCCGGGGCCAUGGACGAGGACGGGCUGCCUCUGAUGGGGUCGGGCAUAGACCUGACCAAGGUGCCAGCAAUUCAACAGAAAAGGACUGUUGCAUUUCUGAACCAGUUUGUGGUACAUACCGUACAGUUCCUUAACCGAUUUUCUACAGUUUGUGAAGAGAAACUGUCAGCUCUUUCUCUUCGGAUCCAACAAAUUGAAACAACUCUCAAUAUUUUGGAUGCAAAGCUAUCAUCUAUUCCGGGUCUAGAUGAUGUUAAAUUUGAAAUAUCGACUGCAAAUGUUAAUGGUGUUACAAAUGGUCCUGAAGCCCCGUCAGGUCAACAGCCAUCUCUGUCUCCUCAAUCUGAGCAGAACAGUAUACAAGACACUGGACCACAGAAAUGUGAAGCGGCAGCAGAACAUAUCUUAACUGUAGCCAAGGAUCCAAGAUAUGCCAGAUAUCUCAAAAUGGUUCAAGUGGGUGUUCCUGUGAUGGCAAUAAGAAACAAAAUGAUAUCUGAAGGACUGGACCCAGAUCUUCUUGAGAGGCCAGACGCCCCAGUGCCUGAUGGGGAAGGUGGUGCAAAUGCCAAAGAGAGUUCAGAUAGUGAAUCUUCUUUUAGUGACUGAACUUCAUGUUGGCCUUAUAGAACUUCUAUCUAUAUAAUAUAUACAUGUGUAGAAGGAGGGGUGUUUUGACAACUUAUAUGCUUUAGUCCUGAGGUAAAAUCUAUUUCUAUUAUAUUAGAGGGUGACAACUUUCAGAGAUCACCUUUCUUACAAAAUAUUUACUAGACUAAGAUUUUUCAGCUCUUCAUAAUGGCUUCUAAUCACAAGUUGAAAAAACAUUAUCUAGGAAUCAUCUGAAUUUGUGAAAAUUUUUCUAUAACGACUAACUUGAAUUUUGUCUGACCCAUAAUGGAAUUAAUAACCAGCCACACAAUCAGUCAAAAAUUAUUUCUGUAUUUUAAAAAUGCAAAGGAUUUUUUAUUAUCAUAGUAGACGAGUAAAUUGACACUGUGCAUCUUAUUACCACAUGGAAGAAUCUAUAACCCCAGUAUACCUGAAUAAGUAAAAAGUGAAUAGCCUACUUAAAAUAAAGCAUAAUGGUAUUACAAGCACUAAGCUGUGAUACUUGAGUGAUGCAAUGUAAGUUGAAAAACAAAAACCAUUUACUUUGAGUUUAAUAGCAGGUAGCAUACUUCCUAAUUAGCUGUACCCAAACAUUAAACUUGGUUAAAUUGUGGAGGCUAUUUGUACUAGUCAUUUCUGAAAAUGUUCACGAGUUCACUUUCAUAACAUUUACUAAAUAAUUUUCUGUCCAAAAGACAAUACAGUUCAAAAUCACCAAAUUACCUAUGGAGACUUCAGGUGUGGUUGUGAAGAUGGUUCUCUUCCUGUUUACUAGAGAACAACACCUUUCAGCACUUGGUCAUCAUAUAUUAUACCAAGGUCAGCGGUAACAGUCAACAUUGACUGUAAAUAUGGUGUCCUCUUGAAAGAGUUAGCUAAGCAUUUGUGCUACCCCUUCUGACCCGCUGCUCGAAGAGUAUUUAAUUUGCACGUGUUGUAGGAGCCGCUCACCUUUAGAGACAACCCUCUGUAAAUAAUGGUGCCGGAAAUAGCUUAAGAAGUCUCUAAAACACUUGUUCCAUGGAGAAAUUGAAAAACUUACUGGAUGGUGCUAUUUCACAAUCAUGACCUAAAUUUACUAUUUUACUCUAGAAGUAUAGGAUUGUGCUAUUUCUCCUUCAAUCUGAAGCUAGAUUUGAUGCUAAGCCAUAUUUAAGACUUCCAGAAUUUUUCUACUUGAAAAUUUAUUUUUAAAAAAAUAUACCAGUAAUGAGCCAAGGAUUAACAAUAAACAAGUCUAUGUCUUUAUACUUCAUUGUAAUUACGAUACAAAUUUUAAAUGUUUCCCUGGACACAACCCAUCCAGUUUCCUUAGAUCCAUAAGCAAAACAUGGCUUCUGUUAAAGGGUGAAUGGUGUGUGUGUGCUCUUAGGAAGUAUCACCCAGGUAACACUGUUAGUAAAACUGUUUUGUUUCUGAACAGGUUGCUUAAAAUAAUGAGCUCCAUCCCCGGAGUUCACAAAGUAUGGAAAUUCCCACAUUUUAACCUUGUGAUGUAGCAGUGUUAUGGUAUUGCCCAGUGUGGCAGUCAUUAAAAAAAAUUAUUUUGC